AUGUUGUCCCUUUGUAAAGAAAACCCGAUCAUCGCUCUGGGCUGCUCAACUGCUCAACUGCUCCGUUCAACUGCUCGACUGCUCCGUUCAACUGCUCUGCUCAACUGCUCCGUUCAACUGCUCAACUGCUCCGCUCAACGGCUCCGUUCAACUGCUCAACUGCUCCGUUCAAGGCUCCCAGCUCCAACAUCAUUCAGAACAGAUCGAACUUCUUAUUCCAAGUUAGCUGGAACUUGCAAGGGGGAGUAUGUUCGCUCCGUUUGA